AUGAACAGAAGGUUAAAUGAAUACUCUUUGAAUGUUUAUCAAGUAGUUUGCUUGGUUAUUGGUUUGUGUUGUGUUUGGUGUAGUUCUGAUGAGGAUUCAGAUGAGAUGGAGUUGUCUGCUAGAUUUAAAAGGCUCAUGUUAGAUAUAGAUAGUCAAAUAGUAUCGGAAUAUGAUGAGAUAACCAAUGCAAUAGACGAGCUGAAAGUCUUAAGGAGGAAACAAACAAAGCAAAUAGAUGUAAUAAAGCAGGGCCAACAGAACCUCAAGGAAGAAGAACAUGAGGCUUCUGAGAACAUGAACUCAACCCAAAGCGAUUGCAGCUUCUCUGACAAAUCAAAGAAUCUAGUCGAACAGGAGAAGAUUGAUUCGAUAUCUCUACUAGUCAGAGAAGAAGUAGUACAUAAAAGUAUUGAUGUAAUUGUCCGGAAACUAAGUGAAUGGUUAUCUGAAUGUAAGGAGACUUGGAUACAAAAGGAAUCGCAAACGGAGAGCAUAGAUACGCCAGAAAAUCUAACAAAACGACUAAACCAAAUUGAGAGUAACUUAAAGGGCCUACAAAAACGAUUCCUCGAAUUAAAAAGAAGCGGAUUUGAAAGUGAUCGUCUAAUCCCACUAGGCGCCCAAUAUCAUCCUACUGGAUUAAAAACCCGAUUCGUUACGAUCAUGGUAACAGAACUAAUGAAAAUAGUGCCUAAGAUUGAUAUAUCAGAAUGGAUUCAUCUAACAAAAGUUAUGGAAUCAAAGAUAGAUCAAUUCUUGAUAAAUGAUGAACCC